AGGGAAAAAACGAGAAAAGGGAGAGGCGAGGAUUUGAGAAAGAAAGAAAGUUGACUUACUUGCUUGUUUGCUUGGCCUGGGAUCCCAUGGCUUAGGGACGAGGGACGCAGACGUUCAGGUACACGAUGUCAUACCGAAGACUGUCGAGCGGCGAAGGCACGCGCGAGAUAUCUGUUUACCUGUCUUCCCCUUUCGUCUGUGUCUACGGUGUCUGGCUAACCAUUCUGUGCUAUGCUGUGUAUCCGUGCCUCUUUUGCGCAACUCUGUGACGCAAACCUCUGUGCAGCGAUGCUUCGUUUCAGGUUGAGGUCACGAAAGGGACGAGGAUUAGUUCGUUCGUUCGCUCGCUCGUUCGUUCAUUGGCAAUGUAGAUACCUAACCUACCUACCUAGAUAUCUACCUCCCAUCCAACGUACCUACACAACACUCACUCUCUCGCCGUGCACCGUGCAGUCCGUCCGGGGUCCCGGCGAGAUGGAAGGCGGAUGGGCGGGACGAUACCAACCAACCAACCAACCAACAGCAACGGCUCGAAAUCGCGAUUAUGUCUCUGGCGUCAAAAUUCUCCUAUGCCCGUUUCCACCAACCCGUCUUCCCGUCCGUCUCUGGUUCCCCAAUCCGUGCGCUCCCACCAGCCGCAUCGCGAGACACGGGGGGUUCCCUCAUGUCUCUCGUCGACUGGAUCGCGGGUGCCUGCAGGGCUUGGGAUCAGCGGGUUUGUUCUUCCCUUUCCCCUUUCCCCUUUCCCCUUUUCCCCUUCCCCCUACUUGAUUGCUUGCUUGCUUAUCUUACAUGAUCUGAUUUGCCGUGCCGGCGCCCCGGGUCGAGUCUACCGGCGAGUUGGGAGAAACGCGCGUGGGCGCAUGCG